AUGAACCAACAGUGUAAAGUCUGCGGUGAGCCUGCGGCUGGAUUUCACUUUGGUGCAUUCACUUGCGAGGGCUGUAAGUCUUUCUUCGGGCGAACAUACAACAAUCUAUCUUCAAUAUCAGAAUGCAAGAAUAAUGGAGAAUGCGUCAUCAACAAGAAAAACAGAACCGCUUGCAAAGCAUGCCGGUUACGGAAAUGCUUGUUAGUCGGUAUGUCGAAAUCGGGUUCAAGAUAUGGAAGAAGAUCUAAUUGGUUUAAAAUUCACUGUCUCUUACAAGAGCAACAACAGCAGCAUAUGCAACAAAUGCAGACCAGUAAAUCGCCUCCCACGUUUAAUUCUACUAUUAACCCAUCAUUCCUACCAACAAAUUUGUUACCUGCCGCGGCCUUAGCAGAAUAUUAUAAGAGUUCUGAAAAAAAUCCUUUUAGCGAGGACGUAACGAGGCAAAGUGUCUCGCCAUCAGAUUCUGGAGCCUCAUCAGCAGAUCCAGAAGAUGAUAAUAGUUCUAGAAGUACUAGUGGCUUAAGCAUUUUUAGACCAGCAUCAUCUCCGUGCAGCGAAAAAGAUGUUCGGUUGCAAGUUCUUAGAAAUCAAAAUAAAGAUUUACGAAGAAAGAAACCGUCAACAUUGCCAUCAUCGCCUUAUAGCACAGCUACUGCCACACCUAGUUACCCUCCAAGACGAAGCCCCUUUUUACCGACGGCAAUACAGAACUUUAGAUCUAUGCCACCUGGAAUAACUACGUGGCAAAAUCGUAAUGGAGGAGAUCUGAUACUUCAUUCGCCAGCUGUUGCUGGUGUGGCAAUAGAACAAGAACAGCCAAUAGACCUGUCUAUAAAAUCGACUGCUGUUUUAUUUAGAAGCCCUAAAAGAGAUGAGAUAAGUGAUUCGGAACCUGAACUGAGUAUUGACUUAAAUGAAGAUAAUGGAAAGGACAUGAUGAAAAAUCCUCUCGAUUUAAGCCUUGUCCCGAAACGAACGGAAGAAGUUCCGAUGACUGGAUAA